AUGGAUGGACUGUCCCAAACCUCCAUUGUGGGGGCUCCCUACAACAAGAUCCAAACUGUAAAUAUCACGAAAAAAUUCGAACUUGAUCUAGUGAUCAUAACCAUCGCUUACGGACUUUCCUUGUACUACUUUAUCACCUUGAUAGAAUUGAUGCGAGUAGGAUGGGGCCGGCAUAUUUGGGAGCUCUCCCUGAGCGACCUGAUGGAGUUCAACGAAAUUCUCCUCCCCAACACUCUGACGUACCUAAUCACUCCAUCCGUUACGAAAAUGUCUAUUCUCUCAGUUCUUUAUCUCAUCAACCCGUCUCGCAUGUACCAGUUCACCAUCAUCGCCAUUGGCAUCUGCAUCUUGGUCUACACCCUCACCCUGUCGAUUAUCACCGGCGGCCCAUGCGCUCCGACUAAACCUGACACAUUGACUUGCCUUCAAAAUGUUGCUAUUUCCCACGCCGUUCUCAACAUCGUUUCUGAUUUUGCCGUUAUUUUCACGCCGAUCCCUACCAUCCACUCGCUGCAACUAUCGCUGAACAAGCGUCUUUCUGUCGGUUUUAUCUUAGCUAUCGGCUCAGGCGUCGUUAUCUGCUCAAUCGCACGCCUUCCAUACGUCCUCAUCCUCAAGAGCGCCACCGACGUCACCUACCAAGAAGGUAUUCUUGGCAUCUGGUCGCUGGUGGAAAUCAAUCUUGGCAUUCUCUGUGGCUGUCUGAUGAGACUGAAGAAGUUGAUCGUGGCAUAUCUUCCCAUGUUGGGCUUGGGUACGUCUCUGGCGAAGCACAGCGGAUCUGGCACCAAGCCGUUUGGCUCGUCCGUUUCUACCGGCACGAUGGGUGGACACCACAGACUGCGUGACAUUGAAGGGGGGACGCCAUCCCCCGGGGACCAUCAAUUGCGUACUAUGCAGAAAGAGAGCAUGGAUCACCCGUCAUCAAGGGAUGGGGGUGCGAGUACGGAGGGGAUCUUGACACGGGACGCAUGGAAAGAUUGA